UCUUUGUUUGUUGUGAUGGAGAGCUCAAAGAAUGGGGAAACAUGUCCUCAACUUCUCCACUUGAUACCUCAAGAAAGAGAGUGGCAUUUGAAGAGAAAAGAUGAUGAAACUCGUCUUUCAUCAGAAGAGAAGAAGCUGGAACUGAGGCUUGGUCCCCCAGGUGACGAAAAUAACUGGUCCACCAAAAAAAACAGGGAAAGAGAUGAGCAUGUGAUCUCACUCGGGUACUUGUCUUCAAUGAACAGAAAACAAGCACAUAAGUUUCCAUCUCCAGAGGACCACAACCACCACCACCACCCGGUUGGGUCAGUUUUGUCCCCAUCAUGGACCAAAAACCACCAUCAACAGCUGACAAACCCUCUAUUUCUCCCGUUACCAUCAACACCCCGACAGAGCUCGCCUGUUAUGGCAAAGGAAUCAUCACAACCCUGCACUAAAGUGGUAAACAUUCAGAAUGCAGAGAAAAAACCAUUUUCACCUACUGAAAAUGCAGCUGGUUCUCCCAACACUUCUCAGAAAAGAACUGCUCCUGGUCCAGUAGUGGGUUGGCCUCCAAUUCGCUCCUUUAGGAAAAAUCUUGCAAGCAGCAUCUCUUCAAAACCAGUUGCUGAACCACCACACAAGGCUGCUAAUGAGAAAAAAGCUGCUGAACCGAAUGCCAAAUUUGUGAAAAUCAACAUGGAUGGAGUUCCCAUAGGAAGGAAAGUCGAUCUCAAAGCUUAUGACAGCUACGACAAACUGUCUGCAGCUGUUGAUGAACUAUUCAGAGGCCUCCUUGCGGCUCAAAGAGAUUCCUGUGGUGGUGGAAAAGUGAAGAAGGUGGAGGAGGAGAAAGCAAUCACGGGUUUAUUGGAUGGAAGUGGGGAAUAUACACUUGUUUACGAGGAUAACGAAGGAGACAGGAUGCUUGUUGGGGAUGUCCCGUGGCACAUGUUUGUGUCAACGGUGCAGAGGCUGCGCGUGCUGAAGAGCUCGGAGCUUUCUGCCCUUAGCCUUAUCAAAGUCGAGCUUAAUCAAACAUCGAGGACAAAAUAUAUUUUUCAAAACAAAAACAAGGUUGAAGGGUCAUUAUCAUUAGGAGCUGCCUAACUUUGGGCCCAAAAU